CUCUAGUAUCUGAGUGGUUGGCAAGGCUGUCACCGGUCGGGGAGGCGUGACCGACCGAUUACUGUCCGAGGGGGACAUGGACGGACACAGUUGGACGAUCAUCACAUCUGAAGGUGAAAGAUCCCGCGGAGGGUCCUGCUGCGCUGAGUGUUCCGGAGCUGUCUGAUGUAGGCUAAUAAAGUACGCCUACAGUAGUAGCCUUGAAGAGGAAGAAGAACGCCCACAUGCAUUGUUGCCAGUCUCCUGAAACUAUCCAGCCAGCAACAACAACGGUCCCACCAUCCAUCAGACCAUCCCUCAUGGCAACGAUUGUUAUGGAUAGGAUUGGGCGUCUGUUCAUCAACCUCCAGCAGGUAAGGGCGGUGCCCCAGAUGCUGACAGAGGUCGCCCCCUCCAUGCCCGGCACGCUACGAGACACCGAAGUUCCCGGGUUCUUCAGAGAGCGCUACAUCCACGCCGGCUACCGACCGCUCCACCAGGGCUGGAGGUACUACUUCCUUUCGCUGUUCCAGCGUCACAACGAGACCAUCAACGUGUGGACCCACCUGCUGGGGUCUCUCCUUGUCCUGGUCAAGUUCCUCCAGCUGGCUGAGACGGUAGACUUCAUCCAUGAUGCCCACGCCUGGCCCCUCCUCAUCCUCCUCCUGUCCUCUCUGGCCUACAUGGCCUGCAGCACUGUAGCCCACCUCCUGGCUGCCAAAUCAGAGUUCUACCACUACUGCUUCUUCUUCCUGGAUUAUGUAGGAGUGGCUCAGUAUCAGUAUGGCAGUGCCGUGGCUCACUUCUACUAUGCUGUGGAACCAGAUUACCACCGGUGGGUCUCCUCGGUCUUCAUGCCGACUGCCACCUUCCUCUGCUGCCUGUCCUGCCUGGGCUGCUGCUAUGGGAAGUUUCGCAACCACAGCCUGCGGGUCUGGGUCCGGAAGGUGGGCCAGGUGGUUCCCUCGGCUAUGGCCUAUGCCUGGGAUACUAGCCCGGUGUUCCACCGCCUCCUCCUCUGGCCCACGUCGCACAGUGAUGGCAUCACUGCCGCGGCCAGUGGCGUAGUCGGUGACCCGGCUAUAUCCUUCCAUGGGGGCCAGGUAGCCUUCUUCCUGUCCAGUGCGUUCUUCUUCACAAACCCACUUCCAGAGCGUCUGUUCCCAGGCCACUGUGAUUUCCUGGGGCAGGGCCACCAGCUGUUCCACGUCUUCCUGGUGAUCUGUACCCUCUGUCAGAUCCAGGCCUCUCACCUGGACUACCUGGGCCGACGGCCACUCUACACACAGCUACACGGAGAGAGAGGAGCAGCAGCCACUAUCUAUCUGGUUCAGUAUGGAGCCACGCAGGUGGUCUGUGUCUGUAUAGCAGUCUUCAUGGCGAGGAAAGUAAAACGGUUGCUUGACUGCAGAGACAAGUCCAAAUGAAUUGGCUUGGAGACUAUGUAAGAGGGUAGGAAAGUUAGAAUCACUUCCCAGUGGGCAAAACGGGUUGAAAUGGGUUGACGUUAUUACAGCCAGAACCUUUUGCCCAGUUUUGCCCUCUGAUUUGGUACCAAAGUGAUCAAUGUGGCCUUGGUUGACUCGACACACACUGCCUUUGUUUUUUAAAUGUACAUUUAUAUGAUAAUAUUAUGUUUCUCUACAGCACCUGUGUCCUUGAGGGAGUGUUGUUUACCUUUUACAUAAUGGAAGUUGAGGAAGCCUAGCACUGAACAAAGCCUCAAUGAGAUGUAAGAAUGUUGAUAGCUUGCAUAGUACUUUCUAUAUUUGCUAUGAUUGCUCACUGUAAUCCUAGAAUAGAUCUGCUUAGUUGUUCUCUGUUUUUCAAUUGGCAUGGUGGUGUCAAAUGAUGUAUGUAAUGUACAUUAUCGUACACCUGUCAAUUGUUGCGGAGGUUAUGUUCCAUCGCUACAUUUUCCUUUUGAUUGACCACGAGGGGAAAAGGGAAACGUGUUACCUCUCUUACCAUGGCCUACCACUGCCAGGACACACUCUUCACUCAGUGCUGUGACGUAAACCGGAAUAGAGACGGGCUCUGAUUGGCUCUUUCUGGAAGAUCACCAUGGCGACCUAUAACAAAACAUCAGUUCAGCCAAUGGGAUUGAGUAAAGGUGUGAGGACAACUCCCUUUAUACAUUACAACACACAUAGCCAAUCCCAAUUGGGUCCCCAUGCCUUCCCCUUUGCCAUAUUAAACCUUAUGUGUUUGCAGAUCUGAAGGGUGAUAGGUAUUAUGUGUAGUGUUGGUCCUUCCACCUGACAGACCUGCAAUCGCAGGGAUAUCGCCAAGGAGAAGGGCUAGGGAGUGUAUUGGGACUGGCUUUGUUCAUGUUUACCCUUUGUCCAUUACUCUCUGAUUGUGCCAUAGGGUGGUAUCAGUGGAGGCUGCUGAGGGGAGGAGGGCUCAUAAUAAUGGCGGGAGCAAAUGGAAUGGCAUCAAACAGAUGCAAACCAUGGAAACCAUGUGUUUGAUGUAUCUGAUACCAUUCCACUCCAGCCAUUACCACGAGCCCAUCUUCACAAUUAAAGUGCCACCAACCUCCUGUGGGAGGUAUAGUUUCCCCCUGACUGAUGCCCAAAAAAUACCUUCACAACAAUGCAGUGUUAUUAUGACAUGUCAGGAAUCAUAACAAUUUGCUGGGCCUUCACAUUUCAGAACUUUGUUAACUUUAUGGCAUUUGUAGAACAGCAAUAAAAACUACUUGAAGCCCA